AUGCAUCUGACGAAGACCUUCCCCCCAUUCUUGCAGAAGCAGGCGCCGAAGGAGACGUCACUGGUCUAUGUGACUUCUGGCCUGGCGCUCGUGCCGAUUGUCUAUUGUCCGAACUACUGCGCGAGCAAAGCUGCGCUUCACCACGUGUGUCUGGCAGUGAUGAAGGAGGCCAAAUUUAACGUCAAGAUCAUCGAACUCUUGCCACGGACCGUUCUGACCGAGCUGUGUGACGACAAACGCCAACUGGAGUUGAAGACCAAAGGCGGACGACUGGGGAUGCGCUUAAUCGACUUGGUUGAGGAGGCGUGGGAGGGACUGAACUCGAGCGAGAACGAGCAGGUACGGGUUGGCAAAGUGCCGGGUAUGGGGUUGUACGCGUUCAAUGGGAAUAGGAACGGCAGUAGACGGUAA